CUUUAAAUUGUCCCACACUGGGGCAGUCCCGCGCAGUUACCUUCCAGUGUGCAGCCAGUGCAGCCUCUCUGCACUUCCGGGGACUCUUGUUAUCUGCUUUAAGUGGGCGAUGCUGCUGCUUAAUUGCAACCUGGAGCAGGACGGUGGCCUUAAGAAUUUGCUGGAGACAGGAGCAUCAGUCAAUGCACCCCCGGAUCCCCAUGAGCAGUCGCCUGUUCACCUAGCUGCAGGGGGAGGACUUGCUUGCUUUCUUCUCUGGCAGCUGCAAACAGGCGCUGACCUCAACCAACAGGAUGUUUUGGGAGAAACUCCACUCCACAAGGCAGCCAAAGUUGGAAGCCUGGAAUGCCUUAGCCUCCUUGUGGCCAGUGAUGCCCAGAUUGACUUAUGUAAUAAGAAUGGGCAAACAGCUGAAGAUCUUGCUUGGUCAUGUGGAUUUCCAGAAUGUGCCAGGUAUCUAACAACAAUUAAAUGUAUGCAGAUAACAGAAUCAUCAGGUGAUCCCUAUGCUCCAGUACUCAGACAGAAGCGAAGUUUAGCAAGUGUGGAGAACAGAGCUCUGAAGAGGAAGUGUUGAUACCUUGUAGGCAAGAAGAGGCUUGAAGAAGGACUUAACUUGCGACAGAUCUACAAGCCAUGGCUGUGGCUUGCCAUAUACCUAAACUCCUGAGGAGGAAAACUUUCUUCUAAGUGAAGAGAACAUUCAUCAAUACAUGUAUUUACAUGACUAUAUUUUGACUGUGCAUGCUUUAUUUAACUUAUUAAAAGACUAUUCAAGGAAAAAA